UCCUCGAGGGACUGUGUGAGUCGAGCAUUGCGGAGCACCUCGCCGCCGCGACCGAGGUGUGGGGCGAGAUGCGGCGCCUGCACAUCCCGGCAGCGGCGGACGCGUUGGAUGCCCUCGUCCCUGCGCUGCGCGGAGAGCGCAGCGCACGAAACCGCCUUCAGCGCCUACCUCUGGGCGCUCGAUGCGAGCGUCCGCCCCUCGUGCGCCGCGGGCACGGCUCUCGUCCGCACGAGCGCCGCCUCCGCCGAGUGGGCUGCCUCCGCCUACGCCGUCCUGGUCUCGAUGCGCGAGGCCGGCCAGGGGCUGAUGCUCGAGCUGCCGCGCCGCCGCGCCGUCCUACAGGCGCUGGCGGCGUCGCUCGUACGCGCGAACGAGGCUGGUUUCGCGCGCAACGUGGAGGCCAUCGGCCAGGACUGGGAGGGAUGAGGUGUUCUCGUGUUGGGAAGCGGGUUCUUUUCUUUUCCAAAGGCGCAAGCAUGCCCAUGUGUGUGCUGGCGGAGAGCG